UUAAGAAAAGCCUUGAGUUUAAAAGAAAAAAUGUUCAGGAAUGUGACGAUGUGAGAUGCAAGAAAGAUAUGGAUGAUGGUUUCCUGCUUAAGACCUAAACUUUAAUUCACCAAAGAACGGAGGACAUUUCGGUUUCUGAUACUACUCGUUUAUACCUAUAUAAUCUGAAAAACAAGUCAUUCUCGGAUAUUCCUCUCCCAAACAAUCUCCCCGAUGGAAAAAGUUAUUACGUUUAUUUUAAUUAUGUCGAAAGUCUAACACCAGUUCUUAGACAUGGUCCGAACUGCAUGAAGCCCUGGAGCAGAACCCAUGAAGUCCAAAAUGUACAUUGUCAUGUUGAAAUCAGCUCGAUUAACACUGUGUAAUCCAAUAGAAGUCCUUCUAAUUUGAAUUACUGCAUAUCAAAAAUCAAUCUGUGGGAUUUAGGUACCUAAACGUAAUAGGAAGUUACUCUCUGAUUAAAUUAUGUAGCUUUUCUUUAGGUAAUCAUCUUUGUAGUAUCUAAUGAGUAUCUUUCUCGCAGAAAAUUGAUAAUAUGCUUUAUCAAAACUGAGAUAAUGACUUGAAACCAGCACUAUUUAUGAUUUCCAUUAAAAUCUCAUCGAACCAACUUUGUCCUAGGAGCUGUGUCUAAGACCUUUAGCUAUAACAUCCAAUUCCAAUCUGUUGUCCUCGGGGAUCCCUGCAAGAUGCCAAAGCAAAGAUAUACUUUGAAGUAAAGAUGGGUAGGGUUGUUGAUCUGUCCGUUCUGGGUUGUGCUUUUGCAUAACCAAAAUUAGCUGCAAGAUUCUUUUCAACAAAUGAGGAAACAAAGAAAAGAAAAACUAACAAAGAAACAGGAAGUCAGACGUAGAUGAUUUUUCCAUCUCCUGAUCUUUCAUAUGGUGCCUAUAGCCUGAUAACUACAAAAGAAUAACCAACACAAAUUCAAGCAUUGGAGAAAGCACAUUAAUCUUUCAGCGAAUAGAGAUGUUAAAAACAAAUGGUUAUCAACAGUUGGCGACAAAUUUGACAAGAAAGUAUCAGCUUUCUUCUGAUAAUUUGCAGUACAUAAACUGCUGUAGAUUUAUGCUCCAGGUUGAUGAGCUAAAAAUAUAACGUUUUCUAUACUGAGAGCAUGUCAAAAAGACAAACGAUGACACUUGUUAGGUGACAAGAGUUAAAACAUUUUUUAAGCUUUCUAAGGAGAGAGGAUGUCUUGAAGUCAGAUUUUAUAAAAACGUUGGUAAGUCUGUCUAUUUUGUGGUUUUUUUGAGGCGUUAAUUUGGUUUCUUGCUCUUGGAUGCAAGCUACAAGAGCAUUAAUCAGAAUAAUCCUCACUAUUAUAAUCAACAACUAGUGGGGUGGCAUCAGCAACUUCAAUAGCAGUCCAUGGAAGUUGCAACUUGAUGGAAAUGAAGUUCACAUCUGGAUAACAUCAAUGUAUAGAUCACAAAAGAUACAACUAAAUUUCUAAAAGCAAAAUUCGGAAGACGAAACAAACGAUGACUGGAAAAAAAUUGGUACCCUUUUCAGAAUUUCCCAAGAUUUUGCUCCUCUAUCAAUCAGCUGAUCCCAAAAGUGGCAACAAUUAAUCCAGUCUUGUAUUUCAUAUUGAUUGUACAAGUACAACUAGUAAGAAUUUUGCUUCAUCUUUUGGUCUUUACCAAAUUAUGGACCAAGUACACUGGCUAGUUUUUGCAUAUUAAUGCAUGACUUCCUAAUGUUGUCAAGUUCUCUACCCCAGUGUGCUGGAGCUGAUUUGUCUGCCAUCUGCCAUACUUAAUCAUACCAUAUUUUUUAUCUUGUUAAACCAUAUGAUCAACCAGCAAAUCCUCAAGCCCAUCUCCAUGGAUGGUAGCAUGGACGCUCAAAGCUCAAAAGUACAAUCUCAGUCCCAAGAUCCAUUUACAAGUCUACCCUUGCUGCCUAUGAUGGCAACAGCAACCCCUCCUGAAAGUAUUGAAGUGCAAGUAGACAUGGAAAGUCCAAGACGAGAAAAUAUUACCAUCCAUGGAAGAAGAAGAUUUUUAGGAGUUAGACAAAGGCCUUCGGGAAGAUGGGUAGCUGAAAUCAAGGAUUCAUCUCAGAAGCUGAGGCUGUGGCUGGGGACUUUUGACAGAGCUGAAGAAGCAGCCUUGGCUUAUGACAAUGCAUCUAGACUUCUAAGGGGAAGAAAUGCUAAGACAAACUUUACAUACAAUGGAACCAUGGAUACUCGCGAAGAAAAUCUUAGUUUGCUGGGAAAGGAUCCAAGGCUUUAUCAGCUUCUUAAACAUGCCAUCACGAAGAACCUGGCGAAAUCCUCAGCUCUCGAUUCUUCAAAAUCUACGCGGAAUUUUACUGAUCAGAGUGUCGUUGAAGGAGAAAGCAGCCCUGUUGAUCAUGUUGUAACAACAGUUGAAGAUAAUAUAAUUGGAAAUGAAGAUCAUGAUCAGUCUCAAGAAAAACGUGAGCUCCGCGGGAUCUCACUUGGCAGCUCAAAGGUGUAUUCUUCUGUUAUUGUGGCUCCUUCUUUCAGCGCUUCUUUAAGUCAAGGAAGAGAAGAACCAGAGAACAAUUCUCAGGGGACUCUGUUUAAUUCACUGUUUUAUCAGACAAAUGUAAUGUCCCACCACAAACUAGUAUAACCUACUGUUUGUUAAUAAUCUAAAUCAGGCUUCUUUCACCUGAAAGUUAAACAUGUUUUCUUCCAGUUCAAGGCAGAAACUAUAGGAAUUUGAGGUGUGCUUUUCUUGGCAGUGCAUUUCUUUCCAUGUUCCUCAGCUAGUUUAGCAUCCAUUUCAAUUUCGAGCCAUUUUAGAUUUCUUCCUUGGUUGCUUUAUCCUCCAGUUUGCAUUUU